UAACUUUACGUGUUUUAGCUGCCAGGCUGUAUGCUCACAGCACCAGCAGUACCAGCAUGGCUUACAGCGCGAAGAUCGGUCCGUCCAUCCUGAGCAGCGACCUGUCCUGUCUGGGCAGCGAGUGUGUCCGGAUGAUGGAGUGCGGGGCGGAUUAUCUGCACCUAGACGUCAUGGACGGGCACUUUGUCCCCAAUCUCACAUUUGGUCAUCCCAUGGUGGAGUGUUUGAGGAAGUCAGUAGGCCAAGACCCUUUCUUUGACAUGCACAUGAUGGUGUCUCGGCCGGAGCAGUGGGUGAAGCCAAUGGCAGCAGCCGGAGCCAACCAGUACACCUUCCACCUAGAGGCCACCACCAACCCCGGAAACCUCAUCAAGGAGAUUAGAGAGAGCGGCAUGAAGGUGGGUUUGGCCAUAAAGCCGGGGACCACAGUUGAAGAGCUCGCCCCCUGGGCAAACCAGAUCGACAUGGCUCUGGUCAUGACUGUUGAACCUGGCUUUGGAGGACAGAAGUUCAUGGAGGACAUGAUGCCAAAGGUGAGCUGGUUACGGAGUCAGUUCCCGUCGUUAGACAUUGAGGUAGAUGGAGGAGUCGGUCCGGACACCAUUCACAAGUGUGCAGAGGCCGGGGCCAACAUGAUUGUGUCAGGCAGCGCUGUGAUAGGCAGCGACGACCCUCGCUCUGUCAUCGCUCUCUUGCGCACCGUGGUGGCCGAAGCGAUCCAGAAACGCUCGCUGGACCGCUGACGUGUCCCGUCCAUGGAAGACCCGACAGCGACGCUCUACCUGCCCGUCCCAGCAACGCACCACAGCAGCAGCCGGUGGAAACCGCUCAGUACGGACAUUUCUGGGGUUAGAGGUCGAGGGUCACCGUCAGAGCAGGGACAGCUUCGGUGGAGGUGUGAGCUGACGGCCAAAUUCAAAUCACUUUGACGCGAGUGAAGCUGCGUUGUGCCUCUGCGACACUGGACUUCAUCCUCUGCUGCCACUGUCUCCUUUCUGAACAGUUUACUUCAAAUGAGUCUCAUCUCAGCAUGGGAAAUGUAAUUCCCAUCAGGACCGGGGCUAAGGUCACCCUGAUAAACUCUGUAAACAUUCCUAAAUAUUGCUUUGACUGUACGUUUGGAUCUAUAAAUCGUUUCUGAAAAUACAGUGACCCAAGAAGCACUUUGAUUAGCAUAUCUUCAGUUUUGCAAGUUAUUUUUGGACUUCUGUGUGAAAUCAUGUUUCAUAGAGCAAGAAACUAUUUUGGUUCAAUUGCUGUUUUGUUUAAUGCCCAAGCUACUCACCGUACUACUGAGCAAAGAUACUGUACACUUCUAAAUUCCGCAAGAUUUGAUUUGGCAGAUUAAAAAUUCUCAAGUGAA